UAUAUUGGAUGUAAUACUUCCUACGCCUACAGUGCGAAUCAUAGUAAAUGCAUUAUGUGCCUCUCUGUAGCUGAGAAAGCAUUGCAUCAAGCCAGUCCUCUGCGUUGUUAUAUUAUGGAUUUUGAAAAUCAUAUUGUAAAUUACUUUCGGUUGAAUAAUUAUUCCAAAUGGAAUGUAUUGGAAGUCCUACACUACUUAUCAAAUAACAUUGACUUUACAAGUGAAAGCAUGAAUGAAAUUGGUGACUCCUUAAAAAAACAAUUAGAAAUUUUAUCCGAUCAUUCUAGUCUUCUCCAGGCAGCAAAAAACAAGGCCAUCAAGCUUCGUAAAAACCUGCAGGAAACUCUGACAACACGAGGAGAAGUUUUAAAGUUUAUUGAAAGUCAAAAUCUAAAAUUUGCCGAGAAUCGCUAUAAAGUAAAUGUUGAAUUAAGUGUCGUUACAGACAAAACGGCUAUGACAGAAAAGACUAGUGAAAAAUUUGCAAGAUCUUUGAAUAAUGAUCAUGACACCAGGGGCUCUGAAAAUCAAGAUUCCAUUACAAAAAUACAGACUACUGUUAAUAAUGAACAAGAAGAAAACAAUCAGGAAGAAAAUAAACCAGAAGAAAAUGAAGGCGGAGAUGUAAUUGUCGAUGAAAAUAGUACGAUGUGUGUUAAGGAUAUUCUUGAAGACUCGAUUCAAGUUUCAUCCGUCAUAAAGGAAGUCACAAAAAUCUUUUUAAGUAAAUUCCCUAAGACAUCUGUAAUGGAUCUGCGCCCGAAAUCAAAAUUUUCUUUAUUUUUGGACUUGGAACUUCAAAAAACCAUUUUGCACGAAGUUUUUGAUGAAAUUGACAACUAUAUUACUGAUGACAUUCACGAAUACCUUACAUCGUUUUUCAAUGAAGAUUUCACUGCGCAGGGCUGGGAUAAUGCCAUCAACAAUAUGGACUUCAAUAGAUGUGAUUCAGAACACUUAAAGAAUAUUAAAAAAUUAAUACAGGAAACUUUACCUAAAUUUUUAAAAGCGUUUUCCUUGGAGGAUCUUAAUCCGUUGAGGGAUAUUAAAGUCCUGGAAAAACCGCAUCUUAACCAGUUUGUGCACCCUAUAAUUGACUCGGCAUUGUGGAAUUUGGCCAAGGUUAAUUACAUAUAUGGUGAAAUACCUUUAAAUGGUCUUGGAACUAGAAUACGGGCCGACGGAGUAGGAUUUCUCAAUGACGUGGUAAAUUACCCUAUAAUAUGUGGUGAGGGAGCACGACCGGGAGCACCACAAAAAAAAACUGUGGAUGACGAUAUCAAGAAUGCAAGAAGUAUGGCAGUAUUAUAUAAUAAUAUUGUUAUAGAAGAAGCAGAUGCACGCCGACAACUUUUUACAGACUUAAGAGUUUACGGCUUAACUGCUUUUAAAACUGAAUUGUCACUGACAAUGAUGGACUUUAGAAGUUAUUCGAGGUUGAUCGUUUCGUCCUACCAAAAAAACUGGGUUGAUAUGCCAAACUUUGUGUGGUUAUACGAGGCAGUAAUUAAAUGGGCUUUAUGUGUUAAUUCAACACGAAAUGGUUUGAUCGAACAUAGAAAGAAAAGAAGAGUGAGCCGAUACUCUGAAAUUGGCAUCGCAAAAAAAUUAGCACCGUUAAGGGAUUAA